ACAGUUGACUUGCAGUCGCACAGAGAAACAAAAUGGUAACUAAAGCUUUGGUGUUCGCUGCUAUUGUUGCAUUUGCAGCAGCCGCUGUUGUUCCUGCACCAGUGCAUCCAGAAGAAUUCAAUCCCCAUCCACAAUACGAGUUUACUUAUGCCGUUCAAGAACCAAUGACUGGAGACUUCAAGAGUCAAUCGGAAACCCGCGACGGAGAUGCUGUUCAUGGAAGAUACACGGUCCUUGAACCAAACGGUAUGGAACGUAUUGUAGAAUACACCGCCGACGAUGUACAUGGUUUCAAGGCUGUCGUAAGUCACGCACCAGCUGGAGCAGCACAUGCCGCACCCGUAUCUGUAGCUAAAGUGGCAGCGCCAAUUGCCACUGCAGUUGUACCGGCCAAAAUCGCAUCUCCAGCAGUUAAAGGAUUUGCACCAUUCGAAUACUCGGGAUACCAUGGAUAUCAAGGAUACCAGGGAUACCCAGGUUACACAGGAUACCCCGGAUAUUCCGGAUACCAUCACGGAUUCCGUUCUCCAUUCCACUCUGGAUAUCACCCAGGAUAUUAUUAGAUUGUGUAUUGGACUAUGUGCAUAACGACAACAAAUUACAUAUAACUAGAACAUUACGCCACAUUGUUAUCUACCUCUUAAAAAAGUACUGCAUUGGAAGUCUGAUAGACUUCCCCUUCUUGACUCCGUUCAAAUAAAACAUAUCUUCACUUA